CUCUUCUUCAUCCCCUUCGUGCCCCUCUGCCCAGAACUCCCCUUCUUCAUACUGUUCUUCACCGAGACCCCAUCGAGAACGCUUCUCUGCCUCCGACCGACGACGCGUGCCGCCAACUCCGACGACCGGCACUGGGCUCACGCUCUCACCGCCGACCGCCCAUACGGGGCUCUCAUCCUGCCUCCGGCCACCACAACCGUCGCCGGCUCACCCCUCGACGACCGCCAAACCGCGGCCACCAAAUGGCCCAUACCAUCGGCUAACUCCCACCACAAAACGACACCGGCAAACCAAAACUCGCUCUCCACAAGCGGAGGCGGGGUGAGUCAUCUUGUUCGCUUCUCUCUGUGUUUCUCAAUUGCAAUAUUCACUUUAGCUCUGUAUCUUCCAUGCAUAGAUGCUUUGAUUCGCAUGUUCAUCGGUACCUUCGGCUCAUUAAACUCCCAUAACUAUGGACCCCAAGUUGUUGUUUUGCUCGCCUAAAUGCUCGGCAACUGCUCCUGUACCCUUUUUGCAUCACUUUCUUGAUAAGCCCAGAAUUCCUUUGAGACCCCUUUUGCGGGUCUCCCCACUGGUCACCCAGAAAACUCCAUUCUUGGGAGGCAGUUUAAUUUUUCCUGGAAAGGGUGGGGCUUUUGGUGAUAAUUCAAGAAAGGGUUACGUACCCUUUUGGCCCGUGAGAGCUGUGGUUAAGAGGAGGAAGGAGCUACCCCUCGACAAUGUGAUCCAAAGGGACAAGAAGUUGAAGUUGGUGUUAAAGAUUAGGAAGAUCCUAGUGAGCCAGCCUGAUUGUACCAUGUCGCUUAGGGAGUUGGGGAAGUAUCGGCGGGAUCUCGGGUUGACGAAAAAGAGGCGGUUCAUUGCUUUGCUGCAUAAGUUUCCGGCUGUGUUUGAGAUUGUCGAGGAGGGAGUGUACUCGCUGAAAUUCAAGCUGACGGCGGAAGCUGAGAGGCUGUACUUGGAGGAGUUGAGGGUGAGGAAUGAGAUGGAGGAUAUGCUUGUUUUGAAGCUUAGGAAGCUGUUGAUGAUGUCUCUCGAGAAGCGUAUACUGAUGGAGAAGAUUGCUCAUCUGAGGACUGAUUUUGGCCUUCCUCUGGAAUUUCGCGAUACAAUCUGUCACCGUUAUCCACAAUAUUUCAGAGUUGUGGCAACAGCACGAGGCCCUGCCUUGGAACUAACUCACUGGGACCCCGAGCUUGCAGUAUCAGCUGCUGAGCUCUCAGAAGAGGAAACCAGGGCCAAGGAGUUAGAGGAGAAAGAUUUGAUUAUCGAUCGGCCUGUCAAGUUCAACAGAGUGAAGCUACCCAAGGGUCUCAACCUGGCCAGGGGUGAGAUGAGGAGGAUUGGUAAGUUCCGGGACAUGCCUUAUAUAUCUCCCUAUUCUGAUUUUUCAGCAAUUAGGCCGGGUACUCCAGAGAAAGAGAAGCACGCCUGUGGGGUUGUGCACGAGAUCCUGAGCCUCACUGUGGAGAAAAGAACUCUGGUUGAUCACCUCACUCAUUUUAGAGAGGAAUUCAGAUUCUCUCAGCAAUUGAGAGGAAUGUUGAUCAGGCAUCCUGAUUUGUUCUAUGUGUCUCUGAAGGGGGAAAGGGAUUCGGUUUUCCUCCGGGAAGCAUAUCGCAAUUCUCACUUGAUAGAGAAAGAUCGGCUGUUGCUCAUCAAAGAAAAGCUCCGUUCACUUGUUAAUGUUCCUAGGUUCCCGAGGAGGAAUGCUUCUAGAAGAGGUGAUGAUGGAGCAGAGAGAACUGACGAUCAAGAGGGUGAAAGUGGUCUAGAGGAUGAGGAAGACUGGCCUGAUGUUGAUAAUGCAAUUGAUGAGGAUGAUGGAUUUUAUGAUGACAAUGAUGAGGAUGAUGAUGGGGAUUCUGAUGAUGAUUGGACUGAUGAAGACGAUAAUGCACCACCAGAUUUUACUGAUGAUGCUGGAAGUGUGAAAUUGCGGAUAAGCAAGGCUGAUACUUCGAGAAACAAGGAUCAGAAAGUGCUUGCUCCUGUGUUUCCUGAUGGUCGGCCAAGGCAACGUUGGUGAAAUUAUUGUUGAACUACAUAUUUUGCAAACUAGCCAAUACAUUUAGCAAGAUCUUAAGACCAAUUGUGAGGGUCUUUGAUUGUAAAUUGAAGUUCCACCAUAGUAACUACCUUGCAGAGCUCUCAACUUGUUUUGCUGUUACUUCUUCCUCUAGGUUGCUGUAAGCAAAGUGCUUCAUAAAAAGUUGGGUAUGAAUGUACACAGUUUUAUGGUUUUGGAAUGAUCUAUGAAUCAGAUCUGAACGUACUUCUGGUCAGGUAUAUUGAACACAGAUCAUGGAAGAUGCUAAUCUUUUUGUUUUCACAAUGUGGGGGCCUCCCAUGAUGCAGUUUGAUGAAAUACAUAUUCAAUUUCAUUUCCUGUGCCUAAA